CCCGGGUAGAACUAGCUGGCCGCCCCCGAGGAAGAACAACGGCUCUACGCCAGCUCGAUGCAACCGCCUCGCGGGACUGGUAUAUCGAGCACACUGUAGCUUACGACUUGAGAGUAAUCGCAUUUCGUAGCCACUAGCCUGUUCGAUUAGCCGGCGCCCUCGACUCCAUCAAUGCACGUACAUUACAGGAUAUUUUUCUUGCUACUUCACAUCUCUCUCCCUAACUUAUCAAUGACGGCUUCGAGAUGUUGCCCUGUGCGAGGUGUCCGACAAAGCGACUUAAUGCUCCUCAAAAAUGAUACAAAAGCUCGAAUUUUCCAUGUUAGUCUCGACGACAAGACACCUGUUAGGCAUGCGAACCCGGGAAAAGUGCCACCCUCAAGAAUGUCAGUGACACCUGGAGAAGACACGACUGAGGAUCAGCGGAAAGACCAUGAAUCGCAUCAUAAUGAAUGAUAGUACGAGAUGAUUGAGUGGCUUUUUUCUAGGUAAAG